GCCACGCGCCUUCUCACGGGCAGCGGAGGAGGCGGGCCGCUGGCGUUCUCUCAGGCGAGGUACUGCGUCGUGGUGGCCGAGGACACGCCCGUUGCUUCCUCCCUCGCCUCCGUCAGGGCUGUACAUAGACAAGGUGCCGAGGUCCGCUACACACUAACGGAGGAGCAUAAGGAACAGGGGGUCUUCACCGUCAAUCCCUCCACCGGCGUCAUCUCCCUUACGGCGCCGCUGGACUAUGAGAUGCAGGAUAAGCAUGAGUUCGUGGUGGUGGGUGAGGGCGGGGGAGCGGCAGCCCACGCGUUGGUCCGGGUCUUGGUAGCGGACGUGAACGACAACCCUCCUGUAUUUGUACGACCCCGCCCCCACGUCACUGUGAUAGAGGAGGACGACCGUGACCUCCCGCUUCCCCUGGCCAAGGUGGAGGCCCGGGAUGUGGACGAGGUGGACGCGGGGCACUUGCUCUACACGCUGGCUGGUGACGGAGUGGAUGGUUACACCCCAGACGAGGCCUUCUUCGGCGUUGACCCCCGCAGCGGCACCGUCCUGCAAAUGAGGGCUUUGGACAGAGACCCACCAGGCGGACGAGGCAUUUGGCGGCUAACAGUAACAGUGAGGGACGGACAGAUGUCAUCCCCGAGCGCUUGGGACGAGACAAACCCGAAUCCAGAACAACCUUUUGGCCCGAACCGCUUCAGGAGGGAGACUGGUGCAGGUUAUGAGCGGGUGGGGGAUGGAAGCGAAGAAAUGGUGAUGGGAACGAGAGGGUCAGUGUUUGGAGAUAUGGAUAAGAGUAAAGUUGUUGGUGAUGGAAUUUGGAUGAAGGGGGAAAGUUGGGUUAGUGAAAGGAAUGGUAGUAGUAAUCAUAGCAGUAGGAUUAGUGGUAGUAGUAGCAGUAGUAGUAACAGUCACCUCGAAAACAUUGAUAAUCUACCCUGGUUUACUACUACUACUACUACUACUAUUUCUACUUCUACUGUGACCAUGGAGAACAGCAGAAGGAUAAAAAGAACGCUUGGAGAAAAGAACAAGAACCGACAAGCAAUAUAUCCUCUCGGCCGUGAAGAACAAGGGAUCAGGAACCUCCAGCAUUCAGGGUCGGUUGUUGAGAGAAGAGUUCGAUCCCCUCCACCGGGAAUCAACGCGCUGAAGUUGUGAUGGAGGACGAGGCGGCGGCGGAGGAGGGGGAAGAGAAGACCAAGAACGGAGAAGAGGGGAAGAGAAGAGGAGGAAACAGGAGGAGGGGGAGAACAGAUACCACUUCUACCUCCUCUUCCUCCUCCACCUCCUCUUCCUCCAUGCUUAAAGAUGCUGAGUGUUACUUCAAAAAGGGUGAUUCCUACGUCUAAUUCAGAGAUGCUGCACAGUCUCAUCUCCCAGACUACCAACACCACCGCCGCCGUCAACACCAACACAACACCACCACCCCUUCAAGAAACAACACCACUUCAACUCCAACGCCAGAACGGAACCAUCACCUCUCCUCUCCCUCCUCCCACUCCUCCCCCUCCUCCUCCGCGAAUCAGGGAGAGAAAGAAGAGGCUGGAGAAUGGAAGAAGAAAAGAUGAACUCAGUGAAAUGGAUUUGCUUGGGUUACGGAAGGUCGCUGGGGACGGGAGAGAGAAAAGUAGGAGUUUGAGGACGAGAGUGGUGGUGGAGACGGAAGGUCGUUACCCCGCGCGCCCCGAAGCAAAGAAGAGGAGCGCCGUAACCGUUGUCUGGGAGCAGCGCGGGAAACGAGAGGUGAGUCACAUCUCCUCAAACACCAGCGGCGGGAUUUUUCUCUCCUCUUCCUCCUCCUCUUCCUCGUUUUCUGCCGCCGAUUCAAGAGGACACAGAUUUCCCAGUACCACUUCGGCCACUGGGGAAAAACCGGAGGAAAGAGGAGUAAGCGGAGAAGGAGGAGGAAGGAGGAAAAGCGGGCGUCCCAUUCACGAUAUUUUCAAUGCAUCGCCGAGUCUGCAGCGCCGCCUAAUCUCCUCCCUCAGCGCCGGCAGGGAUGAGACACGCCUCGUGGGACCGACAUCGAAGUCCACACCGAACACGCAUCGAAAUCUUGUUCUCUUCCCUUCCCUCGCGUCCACUUCGCCUCCCAGCGUGAUUUCUUCGGCUCCUCGCGAGAUACACGCUCGAGAUUCUUCCUUCCGGGGCAAAUAUGAGCUUCGAGGAACGUCAGGGGGAGGGUAUCACCGGGAAUUCACCCCCACGAGUACUCGGAAAGGAGAGGAAGAGGCUGAGGAGAGAGCGAAAGCGUAUAGGAGAUUGAACCCAGAAGACCAGCCGACCGAUACGUGGGGAGAAUACACACACACUCGUACUCCUUCCAUCUCUUCGAAGUCUUCCUUAACCUCCUCCUUCUACCGUUCCUCCCUCUCCUAUUCCCCUUACCAAGCCGCCUCCUCUUCCUCUCAUCGUUCUUCCUUCUCCUCCUUCCCUUACCAAGCCUUCUCUUCUUCCUCCUACUCCUCCUCCUCUUCCUCCCAUCGUUCUCCCUUCUCCUCCUUCCCUUACCAAGCCAUCUCUUCCUCCUCCUCCUCCCACCAUCCCUCUUCUUCCUCCUCACCGUCUUCGGCCAUCUCUUCAAGAACGCCGUCGCCUGGAACAGAGAAACCUCAUCACUCAACCGCAAUUCACGACCCUGGGAACAUAAGACGCUUCGCAAACCUCCCUUCGAAGUCUCCCGUCACCCGAAGAGACGAAAAGGAUCUUGGGACCUCGAUCUCAAGACACACAUUGAACCUGUCUUCGAAGUCUCUCGCAAGUCACGCAAGAGAGGAAACAGAUCUUGGGACUUCGAUAUUACGACAAUCUUCAGACCUUUCUUCGAAGUCUCCCGGCAGCCGAAGAGACGAAAAGGAUCUUGAGACUUCGAUCUUAAGACAAUCUUUAGACCUUUCUUCAAAUGACCCUUCGAAGUCACUCGCCCACCGAAGAAAGGGAAAGGCUCUUGAAACCUCGAACUCAAAACACUCUUCAGACCUCCCUUCGAAGUCUCCCGGCCGACGAAGAGAAGGAAAGAAUCUUGAAACCUCGAACUUAAGACACUCUUCAGACAUACCUUCGAAGUCUCACGCCCACCGAACAGCGGAAAGAGACCUUGAAACAUCGAACUCAAAACACUCAUUAGACCUCCCAUCGAAGUCUCCCGCCCACUUCAGAGACGAAAGGGCUCUUGAAACCUCGAAUUCAAAACACUCCUUAGACCUCCCUUCGAAGUCUCCCACCCAAUUCAGAGACGAAAGGGCUCUUGAAACCUCGAAUUCAAAACACUCCUCAGACCUCCCUUCGAAGUCUCCCGCCCACCUCAGAGACGAAAGGGCUCUUGAAACCUCGAACUCAAAACACUCCUUAGACCUCCCUUCGAAGUCUCCCGCCCACCUCAGAGACGAAAGGGCUCUUGAAACCUCGAAUUCAAAACACUCCUUAGACCUCCCUUCGAAGUCUCCCGCCCACUUCAAAGACGAAAGGGCUCUUGAAAACUCGAAUUCAAAACACUCCUUAGACCUCCCUUCGAAGUCUCCCGCCCACUUCAGAGACGAAAGGGCUCUUGAAACCUUAAACUCAAAACACUCCUUAGACCUCCCUUCGAAGUCUCCCGGCCACACAAGAGCGGAAAGAGACCUUGCAACCUCUCUCUUCUCCUUGGACAGCUUCACCGAUGACCACCUUGGGGGUAUUGGGGAAGAGGAGGAAAACGAGGAUGACGAAAGGGCUCUUGAAACCUCGAACUCAAAACAUUCUUCAGACCUCCCUUCGAAGUCUCCCGGGCAACGAAGAGAGGGAAAGAAUCUUGAAACCUGGAACUCAAGACGUUUUUCAGACCUCUCUUCGAAGUCUCCCGGCAGCCGAAGAGACGAAAAGGAUCUUGGGACUUCUAUCUUAAGACAAUCUUUAGACCUCCCUUUGAAGUCUCCCGGGCACACAAGAGCGGAAAGAGACCUUGCAACCUCUCUCUUCCUCUUGGACAGCCUCACCGAUGACCACCUUGGGGGUAUCAGGAAAGAGGAAGACGACGAGGAUGACGAUACCGAGUACGGGGAAUGCGUCUACCACACCCCACCCUCGUUUUCUACAACCUCCCAACUCCACCAAUCCACCACCACGGAGGGAGGUGGAGUGGUCGUGCAGCAUGUGGUGAGGACGACGGUGGUGGUGGUGGUGAAGGACAUCAACGACAACGCUCCGGCCUUCCCCAACACGACGAUAUAUGGACGAGUGGAAGAAAACGGAGCUGCGAACCUCUCCGUCGCUGUUGUCGCCGCCUGGGACGCUGACGACGCUUCUGAGGGCACGAACGCGAGACUCACCUACUCCAUCGAAAAGAACGUAAUAGAUGAGCGGUCCGGGGAGGCAAUCUUCGCCGUUCACCCCGAGACCGGCCUCGUGCGAACCGUUCUCUGCUGCCUGGACCGCGAGACCACACCUGAGUACAAUAUCCAGGUGGUGGCAACGGAUGGAGGGGGGCAGAAAGGGACAGGCACAGUCGUCAUUCGCUUGUCAGACGUGAACGACAACUCGCCACGGCUCGCCAGGAAGCAGUGGGAUCUGACAGUUCAGGAGACGUGGGGUAACAGGGACCCAGACAACACAACCCUGCUGGAAAUCGCGGCUGCCGACAGGGACACGGCCAACUACUUUUACUACAGGGUGCUGAAGGAGAGCGGCUGGGGCUGGGAGCACUUCGCCAUGAGGACGGUUGGGGCGGUGGGCCAACUCUACCCCGCCAAGACCCUGGACUACGAGAACGAGAGACAGAGGGAAGGGUUCAGGUUCAUGGUGCAGGUGACGGAUAGGGGUCGCGGCGGCUGGACCGAUCCUCUGCACCUCGACACUGCCUGGAUCGCCGUCAAGCUACGCGAUGUGAACGACAACCCGCCGGUGUUCACACGACCGCUGGCCCACGUCACGGUGCGCGAGGAUGCCGCCCCGGGGACCCUGCUCGCCUCCCUGCCCGCCCACGACCCAGAUGAGGCGGGGCAGCAGAAGGUUGACUACUGGGUGGAGGACGAUUGGGGGGCGCUGAGAGUGGACGAGGAAGGCAGCGUAACCCUUCGCCGAGCCCUGGACCGCGAGGCUACAGAGGGCGCUGCUGGGAAGGCUUUUAUAGUGGCCGUCGACCGAGGCACCCCACAACUCACAGCGACGGCCACUCUCUCCCUCACGGUCACAGAUGUCAAUGAUUGCGCCCCGAGUCUCCUUCCCCCCACGGUUUUCCAUGUCCCCGAAGACGCCCCUCCUACGAUGCUCGGGGUCCUGAAGGCGACGGAUCAAGACGUGUGGGCGAUGGGUCACGGCCCGCCUUUCAAUCUGACCCUGUCCCCGCUCAACCCGCCGCAUGUGUUGGAGUCUGUGGCGCUGAAGUUUGAUUCGAAGUUGGACAGCGGGCGUGGCGGGGCGGAACUAUGGACCGUGCGUGGGCUGGACAGGGAGGCGUGGGCGGCUUUGGAGGUGGGCGUGGUGGUGGGUGAUGCUGGGGGGGUGUCCGCAACCCAUCCCGUGCUGGUUGUGGUCGACGAUCUUAAUGACCACCCCAUGAAACCGGCUGCCAAGACCGUGUACCUUUGGAAGACGCAGGGCGGCGGCUCCGAGGCGCCACUGGGCCGAGUCUACGUGGAUGAUCCUGACGAUUGGGACGCGGGGGACAAAUCUUACGCCUGGGACGGUCCGCCUCACCCCCUCUUCUCCCUACACCCGCGACAAGGGACCAUCUUUGCCGCCAGCGUGGUCAGGGAGGGCAGGUACGCUUUAAGGUUCAAGGUCAGCGACAGGGCGUGGAAGCAGCGUGACGUGGGUGCCAACGUGACCGUGGUGGUACGAGAGCUUAGUCCCGACGCCCUCACCCACGCCACGCCCAUCACCCUGACGCCCACCACGCCCGCACGCCUUACACGGGGAUGGACGCCCUCGGGCGGCGGCGGGGGUCUGGGAACACUGCUGCAAGAGGUUUUGAAGGCCGUGGGAGGCAGCACCACCACCCACAACAUCCAAGUGGUAUCCGUCUACGGCAGCUCAUCACCCUACCACACCACCACAACCACCACCACCACCGAUCUACCACCCCAUCCCCACCACAGCUACCGCCCUUACUACCACAACGCUGAUAGAGAUGAAAAUGGAGAUGAUGUCAGUCGUGAGGUGGUGGAAGAAGAGGAGGAGGAGGAGGAGGAAGCUGGGUUGCCUCUUUCCCCACCAUCCGCUUGUGUGUGGUUGAGUGUGGCGGGCCCUGGUGGUGUGUUCCUCAACCCUACCAAACUACAGGGGCUUCUGGGGCUUCACGUAAGGGAGCUGGAGGAGGCCAUGAGGCUGAGGGUGGACCUGGAGUCUCCUAAAGAGGCCGGCCGUCACUUGGAGAGCACGGAAGAAUCUCGUCUUGGCCACAGGCACCCCGGCGACCCUUCCUCUGCUGCCUCUCUGGCCUCGACCACACUCCCGCUGCAGGUCGUGGACACCAACAUCACCUCCCUGGUCACCCCUCGCCUCAGCCGUGCCCUUCCCUGCCGCGCCCACGAACCGGAGACCUGCACGCCCUCCUCCUGCCUCAACGGGGGGCGCUGCGUACCCUCCCCCACCGGCAACAGGUGUGUGUGUCCUGGCGGGGCCGAAGGAUGGCAGUGCAAGAUUCUGUCGCGAUCCUUCCUCGGUUCCGGCUGGGCUUGGGUUCCUCCACCCCCACAUUGCCUACCAACUACCAUCUCCAUGCGCCUCCUCACCCGCCACCCUCACGCGCUUCUCCUCUAUGCUGGCCCCAUGGCACCCACCCAGCGAUCCCAGGACACAGCGCCGACCCCCAUGCUCGCCCUGCAGCUGAGACACGGGCGCCCGCAGCUCCUGGUCGAGGGUGGCGUGGAGGCUGUGAAGGUGGAGGUGAAUGCCACUCUGAUGGAUGGAGAGUGGCAUGAUCUGCACUUCCGCUUUGAUGCCCAGGGCGUGUCUCUGAUGGUGGACCGCUGCGGGCAUGGCUGGGAGACUCCUGGCCACACCUACUCCAACUGCCUGGCGCGGGAGUCUUGGCCAAGUCCCCGAGGUCUUGAGGCAUGGCCAGGGUCGGGGCCACUGCAGGUUGGUGGUCUGGCACACUCCCCCCCCACGGCAGAGGACCAUCGGUGGAGGGAGGCCCCUAUAGCAAGCCCCCUCCAUGGCUGCAUCGCACAUCUCACCCUUAAUGGACAGCUCGUGGACCUUGGGGAGCCAGCACACAGCAGCGGCAGCGUUCCAGGGUGCAACUCACAGGAGGACGCAUGCACGGAGAACUGCGGGCACCGAGGGGCGUGUGUGGGCGGCCUCAACCAGCCAGCAUGCGAGUGUGACCCAGGGUGGACGGGGCCGGACUGCAGCACCGCCACGACCCCCGCCACGCUGGGUCAAGGGUCGUACAUGCGAGUGGCGAUGUCGUUCAUGCCACCCCCCGCCGCGCUGAGGCUGCAGGCGAGGGUGAGGGUGUCAGGGGGUGUCUCUGGGGCGCUGCUUCAUGUGGCGGCCCAGCAUAACACAGCAGCCUUUACCCUCCAUCUGCGUUCUGGCAUCGUCUGCGCAUCCCUCACCGGGGCGGGCAUGGGCAUGGACAUACGAGAGGCGUGCGUGGAGGGCCGAGGCAUUGGCGACGGGGCAUGGCAUACCGUCUUCGGCGAGCGACAUGGCGAUAACCUCUUAGUCGGAGUGGACGAUAGCGACGGCUGGCGGCGGAACGAAAGCCUCCCGUCGCUUCAGGCUUGGCGAGGGCGGAGUCGAGGGCAGGGCAGCGGAAGUGGGGACUCUCUGCCGCCCUUUCCGCCCCCUGUCGCUCUGCUGGUGGACAAGCAUGAGGGUGUGACAGUGGGCGGACAACCGGUUCUUGUGGGCGGAAAGGUGGUUGGGGUGACGGAAGAUUUGGCGGAGGCGUGUAUAGAUGACAUCCGUGUAUCCGGCCGCCAGCUCCCAGUUCCGCCCACCACCAACGGUACGAGCUGGGGCCAAGUGACCACCGCAAGGCACCUCACCCAGGGUUGUGUGCCACCCGCCGACCCCUGCGUCAACACCACCUGCUCGCCACCCCUCACCUGCACCGCCUCCUCCGCCUGGGACCACUCCACUUGCGGGUGUGGGGUGGGCCAUCGGCUGGUCGGACGUCGCUGUGAGGACAUCGACGAGUGCAUAUGGGGUCCCUGCCUGCAUGAUGGGACCUGCACCAACCUACGCCCGGGAUAUCUCUGUCUCUGUGGGCCCGAGCACACUGGAGACCACUGCCAAUGGAACGUUCACGGAAAUGCCCCCUCGGCCCUCACAGCCCCCGCCGCCCUUGCCGUUUCCCUGGUGGCCCUGCUGGUGCUGGCCCUGGCAAUCUCCCUUCGUUUUCAUCGGCUCAGAGGGAGUUUGUGCGUGCGUGGGCGUUCGACGGAAGAGGAGGAGGCGCAGGGAGGUGAAGGGACGCUGGUGGAGAUGAAGGAAGGGAGGAGGAAAGGAGGAAGAGGAACGGAUGACCCAGGAGGAGGAGGAGGAGGAGGAGGGGGGAGAGGAAAGGAGUCUGCUCAUGAAAAGUUUCUUGUUCGUCUUCGGCUGAAAUUUGGUGGACAGGGAACGGCUUGGUGUGAGGCCCAGAGAGAGACCAGUUCCGGGGACAGCAGUGGUAGCCAGAGGGGGUCAUCCAACCAGAGGGGGGGCACCUCCCCUCCCCCGGUGACCCCUGUGAUGGUGACCCCUGACCUGGCACGGGAUGACCUCCGAGCCUAUGCUUACGAAGGGGACGAGUCUUCCUCUGGCUCCUUGACCUCAGCCAUAGCGGAGCUGAAGUUAAUCUCGGCCAGGGAGGAAGGAGGGGAGGCAGGCAGCUGUGGCGGGGGCAGUGGCACGAGACCCUCCUCCAUACAGCUGAUUCCCGGCUUCCUCGAGGUUGUGGACUUACUGAAAAACCUCCCGGAAGCCUCAAACAGGUCCUCGCCACUCUCCCAAUCCAGCGUCAAGGUCCCUGAGGCUCCCCAAUCACCUUCUGUGCCUCCUCCUCCUCCCCCUCCUUCGGUAGACGCCUCGGCCCUUGUUGCGAGCAGUAUCGUGUCCCUGCAGCCUGGGGAAGGGAGGGCCAGGACACGGAUUGGCCGGAUGUCCCCAGCUCGGCGUCGUAGGGGAGAGGAGGUUGCGGAAGGGGAGGUGUCCACUGUCUGUUAAUGUGUGGUGGUGGUGGUGGUGUGUGUCUUUUUCUGUCCUUAUUUCUUCUGUUUUUCUUUAUUUUGUUUGUCUUCUUUUUCUAAUGUUUUCUUUAUUUUUUCUUUUUUUUUUUUAUUUCUUUUCUUUAUUUUUUUGUCUUUUUCCUCAGUUUUCUUUGUCCGUUUUUUGUUGUGAUUGUUUUUCUUGUUUCUCUCUUCCUAUGUCUUGUUUGUUUUCUUCUAUUAUUUUCUUUGUUUUUUGUUGUUUUCUUCUCUCCUCCUUAGUCUUUUUCACUUUUUACUAAUUAUUUUUUCAUCUAAGUAUUUUGUUUAGUUUUUCCUCUUUUUCUCCUCCUUUGUAAUUUUUUCUCUUAUUUCCUCAUUUUUAUGGUAAUUUUUCUUAUUUUUGUGCCUCGUCAGUGAAUAUCAAUAAUCUUUUUCAUAUUUUCUUCUUAAGUUUUAGUGAUUUUCCUCAUUUCAUAUUACCGAAUGUUUCUCUCCUGGUAUACACACACAUACACACACACUCACACAUCUCUCUCCGCCUUUUGAUAUCGAUUUUAUACAUUUAUAGAAUAUCAAUAAUAAAUGUUGCGUUAUCUAUACAUUUUUAUUACUGUCUCCAAGUCAUCCACAUAUUCAGGCUUGUGAUUGGCCUGGCAUAAGGUAAGAGUUUGCUGUAUAUUGGCGACACACCUGACCCAAAGAUGUAAACUUGGGUGUGUUGUGUGGAAGCUAAUGUGGUCUUUUUUGGCAGGAUCACUCUGGCUGUGCACAAACUCAAGGAUGUUCGAGGCAUAUCAAGGCAAACAGUGGCAGUAGCCUUUUUGGAGCCCAGCAGUGACACGAGAACAGACAGGACUGGUUCUGCGCUGUAGCCGCCCAUCAGCAGGGCCCGUGAGAGGGGGGUGAAGCUGGUAUCUUUACACCAGGGCCCGGCCUCAAAGGGGGCCAGUCAAAUUCUAAAAUCCUGAUCCCCCCAGCUGGAUGGGCUCACUUCGCUCGCCAAAUGGUAGGGGCCCAAUGACACUCAUAGUACCAGGGCCCAGUGAUGGCUCUCCCUGGCCCUGCCCAUCAGUGACACGAUUUAACAGAAACUUAAUGUCUUGCCACGAUUUAACAGAAACUUAAUGUCUUGCCCAAGUUUCUUUACAAAAGUCGGAUGCUUUUCUCUGGAGACCCUUUGAAGCAUCAUGCAAUAAGAUACAAUUGUGAGAUCAAUACACUUUUUAAGCCCUAUCAGGAUGCAUUGCCAG